AUGCCCUCUGGAAAAGAAGUUGCUGCUUACUAUGCAAGCUGGUCUCAGUGGUCCUGGCCUGUUAGCAAGCUGCCCGCAGACAAGUUGACAUUAGUCCUCUAUGCCUUUGCUGAUGUCGGCACCGAUGGAAAAGUUAAAGCACCUAAUAAUGAUUUUGACAAGCCUGCGAGGGAACUAUCUGAGCUUAAGAAAAAGCACUCUCAGCUUAAGGUUAUUCUUUCCAUCGGGGGCGACGCGUAUUCGGCGAACUUUCGGGUCGUCGUGGGAGACGCGAACAAGCGAAAGACCUUUGCGCAAACCGCAACAGAACUUGCACAGAAAUAUAGCUUUGAUGGAAUUGAUGUUAACUGGGAGUUCCCCAUGAGCGUGGAGGACGGGAAGAAUUUGACUUUACUCCUGAAAGUGUCGCAAGGUAAGCUUGGCGCCGAGGCCAUCAUAACUGCCGCCACUACUCCCAAUGAACAAUGGUACGAGUAUCUGGACUUCACUGGCAUGAAUGAUGUGGUGGUAUUCUACAACCUGAUGGCGUACAACUUUGCGGGCAGUUGGAAUAAAACUGCUGGCCAUGCCUCCAAUCUUCACGAAGAUAGCGGGAGUGGCGCAACUUUCCUCAGCGUUGACAGAGUUGUACAAAAUUAUAAAGGUAAAGGAGUGGGUGCCUCAAAGAUCUUGCUUGGAAUCCCAUUAUACGGGGUGGUUUUCGAGGGAACCGAUGGUCCUGGUAAGCCAUUCACGAGAGUCUCGACUGAUCAUCCAUCCUACAAAGAUCUUCCAAAGAGAGGUGCCAGAGAGGAUUACUCUGAUAAAGCAGGUGCAUCGUGGAGCUACGAUACAAGCAAAAGAGAGAUGAUCUCAUAUGACACCUCGAAAGAGGUUGAAGAGAAAUGCAAAUAUGUUAAGGACAAUGGUCUUGGUGGUGGGUUUUCCUGGGAUGCCGGUAAGGAUAAGCAGGGCGAGGGCAACGCGGUUGUUAUCUUUGCGAAAGCGUUGUAA